GUUACCCUCUCAGUGCACACACUUGCAUUUAAAACCAGAAAAUUAUUUAAAGAAGUGGAUCAACAUUAAAAAGGCUUUCAGUGAUGUAACUUCCCAUUAUCCUAGAGGAAUGAUGGACAUGUUACGAGAAUUGGAGCUUCCACAUAGAGGUCGCCACCACAGCGGGAUAGAUGAUUGUAGAAACAUAACAGCCAUUGCUGAGGAACUGAUCAAAAGAGGUCAUGUGUUUAAGCAGACAUCUUAUCCUUGACCUCAGAUAGAGCGCCAUCUGCUGGAUCAGAAAUCAAAGUCUGAAGAAAUGACUGCACAUGCUCAGGAUUAAGACUGUCUAGAUAAAAUCAGUGGUGGGGGAUUUGAAAUUCUUACUCUGUGAUAAACUAUAGCUGGGAUCAUAAUGCUCUGUCAGGAGAGCUUCCACAAACUGAGUCCACUGGCCGCUCUCUCCAAGUGAAAACCAUUCACUAAGUUUAGAAUUACUGUGAUAACUUUUAAGUUUUAUAAAAUUUGUUUUGUAAACUGAAAAUUUUCAAUAUAGUCUGAAUAAUUUUUCAAAAUGUAUUGUACUUUCUUUUUUCCAUUGGGAGGUUUAUACAAUAAUACUGUGUUUUUUCCAUCUCUGAGUGUAAAGUUUGCGGUACAUGUAGAUAGCCUAUCCGAACACUGUCUGACUAUACCCACACCACCUUCUCCGGACUAAAGUUUCUAACAUCUGGGAUUCAAAUAAUUUCUGCGAGAAAUGGGUUUCAUUAAUUUCCGCCCCCAGUAAUGAUCCUCUGUGUAAAGCAAUGCACUCUAGAUCCAAUAUCUAUUCACCAAGAACAGGCAACUUAAAUGAGAUAAAUAUGCUAAAAUACUUGUCAUUGAUUGAGAUUGAUUUAUAAUGAGUUGUUUAACGCCCAUCUCCAGAAUUUUUCACUACAAGCCGGUGGAGAGCUGCACCCGGCACUUACGGCCAUUGAGCAGGAGGGGGAUCUUUUUCAUGCCAUCACCUACUGCGACACGGGACCUCAGUUUAUACCAUCGCAUUCGAAGUUGAAAAUUUAAAGAAAAACUAAUAAAAAAUAAAGAAGUUGUAAUAAUUGUUGAUGAUUUUCAAACAAUUAAUGCAGAAUUCAGUUAAGUGUAUAAGAAAAUCUCUACAUAAAUGUGAAAUACAUGUAUUUUUUGCUCACCUCAACGAACUUCAACGAAGUUGAUGGAGAACUUACGUAAUACCUUUGGUGUCAAUGUUGGC